CACCACCUUGCGCCCUUGCUGUUUACAAAAAUCACGGCCAACUUUUUCGGCAAUUUCAAUUUAUCAGCGCAACAAGUUGCUGCGUGAAAGCAGGCACAAGGAGCCAGGGGAUCCUGAUUCGUUUCCAAAAUGCCGGACAUUAAGAUAACGCCACUAGGCGCCGGUCAGGAUGUGGGUCGCAGCUGUCUGCUGCUCUCGAUGGGCGGCAAGAACAUAAUGCUCGACUGCGGGAUGCAUAUGGGCUAUAACGAUGAGCGCCGCUUCCCGGAUUUCUCUUACAUAGUGCCGGAGGGCCCGAUCACCAGCCACAUUGACUGCGUGAUCAUCUCGCAUUUUCACCUGGAUCACUGUGGCGCCUUGCCGUACAUGUCCGAAAUUGUGGGCUACACCGGACCUAUCUACAUGACUCAUCCGACCAAAGCCAUAGCGCCCAUCCUCCUGGAGGACAUGCGUAAGGUGGCCGUGGAACGGAAGGGCGAGUCAAAUUUCUUUACCACUCAGAUGAUCAAGGACUGCAUGAAGAAGGUGAUUCCGGUCACGCUCCACCAGAGCAUGAUGGUAGACACAGAUUUGGAAAUCAAAGCCUACUACGCUGGUCAUGUCCUGGGUGCCGCCAUGUUCUGGAUCAAAGUGGGCUCCCAGAGCGUGGUCUACACGGGGGAUUACAACAUGACUCCGGACCGGCAUUUAGGUGCGGCCUGGAUAGAUAAGUGCCGACCAGAUUUGCUGAUCUCCGAGAGCACCUACGCUACCACUAUCAGAGACUCGAAGCGUUGUCGAGAAAGAGACUUCCUUAAGAAAGUUCACGAGUGUGUGGCCAAGGGCGGCAAGGUCUUGAUCCCAGUUUUUGCCCUGGGCCGCGCUCAAGAGCUGUGCAUCCUGCUGGAGACUUACUGGGAGCGCAUGAACCUAAAGUACCCCAUCUAUUUUGCUUUGGGUCUAACUGAGAAGGCCAACACCUACUACAAAAUGUUUAUCACUUGGACGAAUCAAAAGAUCCGCAAGACUUUUGUCCACCGAAAUAUGUUUGACUUUAAGCAUAUCAAGCCAUUUGACAAGGCCUACAUCGAUAAUCCCGGAGCCAUGGUUGUGUUCGCCACGCCGGGAAUGCUGCAUGCGGGACUCUCUCUGCAGAUCUUCAAGAAGUGGGCGCCCAACGAGAAUAACAUGGUUAUAAUGCCCGGCUAUUGUGUGCAGGGCACCGUGGGCAACAAGAUCCUGGGAGGCGCCAAGAAGGUUGAGUUUGAGAACCGUCAAGUGGUAGAGGUAAAAAUGGCCGUAGAAUACAUGAGCUUCUCAGCACAUGCCGAUGCCAAAGGCAUCAUGCAGCUUAUCCAGAACUGUGAGCCAAAGAACGUAAUGCUUGUCCACGGCGAAGCAGAAAAGAUGAAGUUCCUCCGGUCAAAGAUCAAGGACGAGUUCAACCUUGAAACCUACAUGCCGGCCAAUGGAGAGACAUGUGUGAUUUCUACUCCUGUGAAAAUACCAGUAGAUGCCUCCGUUUCGCUGCUUAAAGCAGAGGCCCGCUCCUACAAUGCCCAGCCUCCGGAUCCCAAGCGAAGGCGGCUCAUCCACGGCGUCCUUGUGAUGAAAGACAAUCGAAUAAUGCUGCAAAACCUGACCGAUGCCCUUAAAGAGAUUGGCAUCAACCGACAUGUUAUGCGAUUUACGUCCAAGGUCAAGAUGGACGAUCCCGGACCAAUGAUCCGGACAACCGAAAGGCUGAAGACUCUGCUCGAAGAAAAGUUAGCCGGUUGGACGGUAACGAUGCAGGAGAACGGCUCUAUAGCCAUCGAGUCCGUUGAGGUAAAGGUGGAGGAAGACGAGAAAGAUCCCAAGCAGAAGACCAUUUUGAUAUCCUGGACCAACCAGGACGAGGACAUCGGAGCAUACAUACUAAACGUUCUCCAGAAUAUGUGCUAGGCAACGAAGAAGAGUCCCAAUGAAAUCCCAAGCCUUAAUUCCAUAGAUAAGCACAAAGUGUAGAUACCAAUUUCUGAAAUUUGAAUAUCGGUCAAAAUAUACGUAAAUAUUCCAACAAGGCUUCGGAAUUUGUAA